UCCCCCUUCUUCGGCGUGUUGCUUGUGAGCAAACAGAGGCCCCAUUCAUGGAGACUAGGCCGCAAACCUUAGCUUAGAGAUGCUGCUGUGAAACCUUAUAUCCAAAGCACUGACUGCCUCUGCUGUUAUUCCAAUCUCUCAUAAAACCUCGGCGUGAUCAAAAAAAAAAAAAAAAGUGCUGGCUCAACCAAUACUUUUAAGGUGUAGAGAAAAAAUACCAGGCUUUCUUCUAACCCAACGUUGGAGGGGAAUGGCAACCGAUGGAAGUGUUUGUUUGGACAGAAAAUACAUUCGUUGAACGGGAACGGAGCUGAACUCUCUCGGGAGGUUUCAUCUUGGAAAAGUUUUGGGUUGAGCUUUUGAGAAGUUUGCACAGUUGCUUUGCAGGUCAGGGAAGCAACACAACAACAAGAGCCGAGCCUGGAAUCAGGACAAGUUCCUCAAAAUGAAGCUGCUCUUCGUGGCGUUUAUGGUGACACUUUCGGGAUACAAUGGACAGGCCCAAAAACCUCAAGGGAAUCUUAGUAAUGGAGGGCCGCAGCAAGCUGGCCAAAAGGCAAACACUUCCAAACAUGUGGAGGCCAGACGUUCUCCUCCAGCUCAGAAGGUCCUGAAGGAAACGUCUAACAGACAGAGGAAAGCUAUUGUACCGGGAAAUGGGAGUUCUUUGGUCCCAGGAAGGGGGCAGUGCCUGGUGAAUGGGAUGAUCAUGUAUGACGGCGCGGCUUGGUCUCCUCGCCAAUGUACCAUAUGCAUUUGUGCACAAGGGAAGCAGGUGUGUGAACCACUUGACUGCGAGGAUGUAACCUGCCCCUCUGGAAAGUUGCAGAUACCCCCAGGGGGAUGCUGCCCCAUCUGCAUUAAGCCAGAAACCACGCAAGCACCACGUGUGACCACCUCGAAGGCUAUCCCAGAAAAAACAACAGAACAACCAAAGAAUACUAAACCUGCAAAGGCCAAAGAUACAGUCAAAAAAGCUAUCAGACCAGUUGUAGGACCCGAUACAACAAGACACAACAGAUCUACCACUGUAAAGCCACAACAAUUCAAGAAAACAGCUGAACGGAAGGAUUUAGAAGAAGCCACUCAGUCCAAACCUGUCACAAAGAAGAAGGAACUGAAUAAUGGGAAACAAGAGACUAGCCUUCAAAAGAUAGGGGAGACCAUACCAAAACCAAAGAAAAAGCCUAAUGGAGAGAAAGCGUUAGAUGCCGAGUCAUUGAAGAACACAGAACAAGAACAACCAAAAGAAGAGAAAAAAAAGUACAAAGCAGUAAGGACUGGAACAUCACAACAAGCAGGUACACAGAAGCCAAAGAUUCUCCAAGAGGAUAAAACUAAGAAGCCUGUAGAUGCCAACUUCUUCCCAUCUCUACCAACUGUUUUAAGUUUAUUUCCACCAACUCCGCCAACUCCGUAUCACAUCCCUUCCUUACCCAGUGGCUGCUUCCUAUCUGAAUCAACUAUCGCUUGUGGUAACACGAGGAUGACAUUUCUCCCACUCAUGACUGACCUGGGACUGAAGACACUCUACUUAGCCGAAAAUGAGAUUUCCAAGCUUCCUGCUAGAGCCUUUGCAGGUCUACCUAACUUAGAGUGGCUGGAUCUGAGCAAGAACAAACUUGAUGACUCUGGCUUGGCUUUUGAUGUUUUCAAAAAUUUAACCAAGUUAAAGCGGCUUAAUUUGGAUGGUAACCGUCUGUCGGCUCUUCCCCUACUCCCUUCAUCUCUCCAGGAACUAAAAGUUAAUGAUAAUAAUCUGCGAGAACUAAGCAUGCACAGCUUCCGGGGCCUCAGCAAUUUGCUCAAUCUUGAGAUGGAAGGUAAUGGUUUUCAUGAUGGCAAUGUCUCCCCUCUUUCUUUAAAGCCACUAAAGAAGCUAAUUUACCUUCGUCUUAGCCGCAAUCAGUUUCGGGCUGUACCUUCGGGACUUCCAUUUACUCUGCAGGAGCUACAUUUGGACAACAAUCGGAUUGAGGCAGUGCAUGAAGGAAUUCUCAAUAAAACUCUAAAUUUAAGUAUUAUUGCUCUAAGUAACAACAGGCUAAUGGAAGAUGGCAUUGCUCCUCGUGCUUGGAUCCACCUUAUGAAUGUAGAGUCCCUUGAUUUGUCUCACAACCGGAUGGUACACGUUCCAUCCUUUUUACCCCGGGGAUUAAAGCAGCUUAUCUUGCAUCACAACCACAUUGAACGCAUUCCAGGCUAUGUAUUUGCUCACAUGAAACCAGGAUUGGAGUUCCUUCAUCUUUCACACAACCAGCUAAGGGAUGAUGGCAUCCAUGCGGUGUCUUAUUUUGGCUUGUACAAGUCUCUCACUGAACUUUUGCUGGAUAAUAAUUACCUGCAAAGUAUACCACGAGGCAUUCUAAACUUGAAAUCUUUGCAGGUCCUUCGUCUUAGCUUCAAUAAAAUCAGGUAUGUGCCACUGAACUCCAUUUGCGAUACCAGGAUAUCUCAAGAUUCCAACCUUGUGUCUGUACAUCUGGAGAACAAUUACAUCAAUCGGCGUCACAUACCACCCACCGCAUUCUCCUGCAUUAAGACUUAUUACAGCAUCAUCCUAAGGCCCCAAAUUGAUGAAGAUGAGGAAUAUUAAAGAGUGGAACAUCUCAAGAAUGCAAAAGAAAUGUCCUCACUUUUUAGAAGUUUUACAAAUUAUUACUAUAAAGCUAGGAAAAAACAAUAUAAAGCUACUGUAUAUUGAACAUGAGUGCAGGCAUCCACAGAGAUAAAUGUCCUUCAAUCUGAAGACUUGUAUGUAUAUGAUGAGUGCUGGUACUCAUCUUCAGAACCUACCUACAAAUACAUAUAGGGAUAAAUAAAAGUGUUUCAAGAAAGUUAA